UUUCACUUUGCUGUCAAAAUUGAGUUUAGCCUGCAUUUAUGUACUUACAAACGCGUUUGUAUAAAUAUUUUUAUUUAACUCCAAGUUUCAUAUUUAAGUUGUAAAAUAAUACUUUGAACUAUGUUGAACCUAUCGAACAAACUAACAAAUUUAAAAAUAAAUAUAACGCACCUGCUUGAAUGAAAUGUUUAUUGGGAGUUGAAACAAAGGUUAGGAUGAGGAGUAUUAUUAAUAUUUUAAAAACCUUUGUCGCUUUUUUUUAUGACUAUGCACGAGGAUUAUCGUACGCUAUCAUUACGAUUUUGAUUUUGGGUUAUUGCUUACACCCAGCAAGAUUUGCAUCACGUUAUACUUUUAUAAAAACAGAAGAUAUUUACGAUGAAAUGGAAAGAUCUUAUCCAAUAAGAGAUAAUUCGUGUUCGAUCGUGGUUAAUCCGCGAAGAUCUUUUCAUUUGUUUUAUCCAGAGGAACAUCCUCGAGAAGAUCCCGUGGCAAUGGCCCGUCGUCUGGGUAUAUUACCUGGAGGACAGUGGAAACCUCUAAAUUGUCACCCUCUUUUCAAUGUGGCCAUUAUAUUACCAUAUAGAAAUCGUCAAACACAGCUCACUAUUUUUAUGAAUUAUAUUCAUCCCUUCUUGCAAGCUCAAAAUCUUGAUUAUAGAAUAUUUGUGAUAGAACAAAGUCCGAUACGUGAGUUUAAUCGUGCUAAACUUUUCAAUGUUGGAUAUGCAGAGGCGACCAAGGUGAAUGAUUUUCACUGCUUCAUCUUUCAAGACAUAGAUUUAAUACCUCAGAAUCUGGACAACAUUUAUGCCUGCACUAAAAUGCCCAGACACAUGAGUUCAAGUGUAAAUACUUUCCGUUACAACUUACCAUACACUGGUUUGUUUGGUGGUGCAAUUGCAUUAACUCGAAAACAGUUUGAAAAAGUUAAUGGAUUCUCUAACGUUUUCUAUGGAUGGGGUGGAGAAGAUGAUGAUUUUUACGGUCGUUUACAAUCAAAAGGUCUUCAAGUUACACGUUUUGGACCUGAUAUUGCUCAAUAUUACAUGUUAAUACACAAAAAAGAACCUCCAAGCAAUACUAGAUUUGAAAAUCUUGAGAACAGUGCUAAAAGGUAUGAUACUGAUGGAAUUAGUAACUUAGAAUAUAGAGUUCUUAAUCACCAAUUAAGACCAUUAUAUUCUUGGAUUUUAGCAGAUGUUUAGUUUCCUUUACCUUCUGUUUAAAAGUGUUUAAUGCAAUCUAAUUUACUUCCCUCAAAGAACUGAAAAUAAUUCUUAUAAUAAUUUAGUUAGCAACAAUUUAUAGAAUUGUAAUGCUCUGAUAUAUACCCCUAAUAUUUAUAAUAAUUGUGGCCAUUAAAUUAUUUUGUAUACCAUUUUUAUGUUAUCGUUUUUAUUUAUAGUUAUUUUUAUGUUAUAGUUUAUUAUUUUAUGUUAUUAUGUUAUUAUUUUAUGUUAUAGUUUAUUUGCACAAUUUUGAGAAAAUCUGAGAAUAUAAAUCUUUUGAUAUUCUGCUGUGUCAAACCAAAGAUAUAAUAAUAUGUUUAGGGAAGAAUAAAUUGUAAUUCUGUGCAAUUAGAGAAACAAACUAUUAAUCAACAUAGGAUGAUAAUGUUGUUUAAUUGAUAUUAAAAUUCCUUUCAAAUGUAGAACUUUUAUUAAUAAUUUGUUUUCUAAGUAUUAUGUAAUGUAUUCAAAAAAUAAUGUAAACAUAUUUCCUAAUUAUGUUCCUGUUCGAAUUAACGCGGUAUUUCACGAAAUCUUGGUUUUUUAAGCAAGUGCAGAUUUAAUAGCAUAAAGAUACUUUUUACAAAUAGAUUAUAGUUUGUUCCUCUAUUAAUGUCCUCUACAUGUCAAAGUAUCAGCAACUGAUAUUAUAAUCACAUAAAUCUUUUUCGAACACAUUAGUAUUAAUUUAAUUGUUUAAUAGUCUUGAUAUUUCUGAGUAUAAUAUUUAUAUUGAUUAAAAAGAGACAAACAUACUGUUAUAACACUCAAAUCAAUGGAAACGUAAAAUAUAUUACGUUCGAAACUAACUAAAUAUAAUUGUCAUAAUAGAAAUAUUUCAAAUAGUUCUCAAGCCACUAGUAAUUGAUUUUUGUGUAUUGAUAAUGUGAUAAACAAUGCAUACCGAAAUGUAAAAAAUUUUUAACUCAUAUCUAGCACAAUGGAAUACAAAAUUUUUGAUCAUUGAAAAUAUUUCACUUGUCUAAGUGUAAAUACAAGUGUUCCAAUAGAUAUUAAUACAUGCUUUAAGAACUCAACAAAAGGAAACAUAUAUAAAACUAUAAAUCUACUUAAAAAAGUAAUAUAUAGUUCUACUCUAAGAAAACGUUUUAUUGUAAACAACAAAUCGGUGAAUUAUAUUCGUACAGUUAAAAAGAUUUGGAAACAUAAUCCUUACAAAAAUUUACUAUUUCGAAUAUUAAAAUUUCUAUACUACAAAAUGGAAAAUACAGAUAAGACAAAAACAAACUUCAAUUAUUUAAAAAUGAAUAGGCGUAUAUAGCAAGCAAUAAUGCCGCGUAUACUUUUAUUAUCGCCUUUUAACCUAUUGCUUAUUACAUGGGUUUAACACGUGUGAUUAAAAAAAUAAGAUUAAAGUGUACGAAUGAUUAUAGAAAUGUGUAUGUAUAGCGAAAAUUGUGUGAUCUCCAAAAAUAUAGAAUAAAUCAUAAUAAAAAGAAAGAAUUGACAUAUA